AUGAUUCCUGCUCGACUCGGAGAAAAGCCACGUUACCGAGCCCUAUCAUACGAAUGGGGAUUGCAAGACGACCAACACGACCCCGUUAUUAUGAUCAACAGCCGCUACCCUCUGCGGGUUCGGAAGAAUUUAUACGAAGCCCUAAAAGAAAUCCGCGCAUCACCCGGCGAGUUUGCCAACUAUCCUCUGUGGAUUGAUGCGAUAUGUAUCGACCAACGGCAAGAAUAUGGAGAAAAACCACAUCAAGUGCGGCUAAUGGGGAAGAUCUUUGGCCAGGCUGCGCUAGUUAUCGCCUGGCUGGGACUUGCUGGAAGGUACAGCGACUUGGCCAUUGACGCUCUCGAGGCAUGCAGUCAAUAUGGGCGAUUGUCAUUGCCGAAGGAUUGCUGCUUCGUCACCCGCAUUUUGGAGCCUCCUGAACCCAAGCAGACAUUCGAUGCUUACCCUCCAUGGAUGACCAUGAAAGCGAUCAUGCUGCUAUGCAAUCGGUCGUACUGCCGAAGGGUAUGGAUAUUGCAGGAGAUACACAUGUCCCGGUCCUUGGUGGUGAGGUGCGGGUCUCGAUCCAUUACCGAUACCGAUAUUAACAGAGCUUUUCAUACGCUCAAGAGCUUCGAGUGUAUUCCUCAUACGAGGUACAAGGAAACCCAUCUAAGGAACUACUAUGGUGAUCUUACGAAGUUCCUCUGCAUCACCGGCUCCAGCGUUCCACUUCGACAUUUGCAAGCACGGGAGAAUGGGCACAGAAGCUUCGGCCAGUGGCUCCAAAUUUGUGUGGAUGGCAAUUUCCAAGCCACCGAACGCCGCGAUUAUCUCUUUGCGUUACUAGCUAUCUCAAACGAUGUGCGGGAUUUGGAUAUUAUGGUGGACUAUGAUGUUCCAUUGCGGACGGUAAUGCAGAAAGCACUCCCGGUUAUCAGACGCAGCUAUUGCGUCAUCAAAGAAGAUGACAGGAAGUCAUGGGAUUCUUUUUCUCGCGAGGUUGACAAACUGAUGGGAUUUCACUUUGAACGAGACCCUUACACCCCUCACAGAAGUCUCACAAUGAGUGCACACCUUGAAAUCCACUGGUACCAGCGGGUUUUCCACUAUUGUAAGGCUGUAUUUAGAUCCGCGGUAGCCCAGUUGAGGGAAGGCUGCCUUACCUAUUGCAGGUGUGCAGCUAUAUACCUGCAACAGUAA